AUGGUCAGAUUCAAUGAUCUCAGAGAGGACAGUGAUGCCUGGGAGCACUGCACAGCUAAUGCACAGACAUACUCUGGGCCUGAAUUAAAGUUCACCAAUAGCCUGAACUCGGCUUUUGGAGAAGGAAAAGGCGCUCAGUAUCCCUCGGGUGUCAUCACCACCUCAAACCAACGCCAGACUCUUCAUCUUCAGAGGCCUGGUGUGGCUAAGGGUGCCCGAUACCCUCCAACAGCCACAGGUCUCAUCACCCCCGAACCAGACGGCCGUUCCCGGCGGUGCCACAGCCGCUCUGUCACACCUCCCCCCCUCCCCACCUUAGACUCCCCUUUUCCCUCACACAGGGGCUGGCUAGGCACACGGGCCCCGGCUACCAAAGGGAGCCCGGUCCGCGACUCCCCCCGGACCGGGUCGGGUCGUUCUGGACCGAGAGUGAGGAGAGGGGGCGGGCGGAGGGAAGCGAAGCGCCCGGCGGGUCGGACGGACGCGGCGAGCACCCAAUGCGCUCGGGUGCUACCGCCCCGAAGGGAGGAGAGAGACCCGCGGUUGGACCCAAUGAGGCCGCGCCCGGAGCGGGACUUCCUUCGGGGAUCCCGCGGCGGGGAGCCGCGACGGAGCGGAGGUGGCGGCGGCGACAGAGCCACCGGCCGGGCUGGUUCCCGCGGCGCGGCUGGGCUGAAGAGCAGGGAGCCGCCCCCGCCCCGCAGCUCCUCUCCUGCAGGCCGCUGUAGCCAAGCUCUACUGCACGCCCCUGCGGCGGGGACCCGGGACAGGCAGGCAGCGGCCGCCGCCGGAGGGUUCGGGCAGCACCGGGCAGCCCCGCGGCCGCAGCAUGCGACUGGGCCGCUCGCCCGGCGCCUCGCCGAGUCCGACCGGCUCCGCUCCGCCGCGCAGGGCCCGCACGCAGGGGGAAGCUGCCCGGGACGUCGCGGCCGCGGCGGUGCCCAGGGGCUGAGACGCUCGGCCGGUCCCUCCCCUCCUUCGUUCCUCCCUUGUACUCCUCCUCCUCCCGGCGCGGGCCCGGGGCCUCCGAUGUCGCCGCCUCGUCGUCCUCCACCUCCAGUGCCCGCUGCUAAGCCGUGA